CCUUUCAGCGUGCAUGACGGAUGUAUCUAACUGUAACGUUGUAAAUGCAUUUCAAAUUUAAUAUAAAAUAAUUACACUGGUUAUUAAUUCAAAUCACUGUGUGUUCCACUGCAUUUUGAUAGGCCACAUUACUUUAGCUCACUGUGUCAAAUUUGACCAACCUAACCACCAAACUACUUUUGAGUGUUGGUGCAUUUGUGUCACUACAGCUAGAUUAAAAAAAAAAUGUCAUUAUUUAUUUAUUUAUUUAUUUAGCUGUAGCUAAUGAUGGUAGCCAUAUGUACGUUGCGCCACAAACGCAGCACCGGUCCACGAUGAGUUCAGGCUCCAUGCUGCCAAACUAACACCUACAACAGAAAAAAUCAUGGCCACGGAUAAAGUGGUUAUUGAAGCCAAAAAGCUGGAGUUGUGCGGGGCAGGAGACAACGCCGUUCAAGUCAAGAUACUACAUGUACCACCCAAAUGUGGAUCCAUCACUGCCGUGCAGCCUCCACCUACCGCUGCAGGUGACUGUGUCUCUGCCCCGCCUAAAGUCAUCCCCCACCAACCUGCCUCCUCUACAGUGACAGUGCCAGGCCUUCAGACCUCCUCUCCUUCUGUCGUGGUGAUAACGAAGGUGGCCACCCCAGGUAGAGUGAGUGCCAACAGCCAACCGCAGGUAACCAAACCAGCUUUGAGCCAGGUAGCCUCGAUGAGCCAGACUGCAACCCCAGGCAGGACUGUGGUGAUAACUGUACCCAGGGCGGCAGCUCCACAGACGGUUGCUGUGGCCCCUCGGCUGCCGCAGGGCACUUCACCACAGCUCCCAGCCAACAUCCAGAUACCACCAGGUAUGAUGUUGAUCCGCAGUGACAAUGGUCAGCUGAUGCUGGUGUCCCAGCAGGCUUUGGCACAGGCUCAGCAGGCACCAAGAGGUAUCAGUGGUCAAGCGCCCAGAAUACUGACCCCGCAGGUAUGCGCAACAGCUGGAAAUAAAAGUAACGAGAAGGUGACGGUGAUCAGGAUGGCAGCCCCUCCUAGUUUCCAACCAGCGCCAGUCCAGAAGACGGCUGUGGUGAAGGUGAUUGGCGUAGCUCCCAAACCAGCUGUAGUCCAGAACCUCAGUGCUGUGUCUGAGCGGGGCAGCCAGCCUCGCGUUCAGGCGGUCGUCACAGAAACCAAGAAGGAGCCGCCAGCCACGUUUAGUCAGGAGACAAUGGAGAGUGUGAAGAAGUGCAAGAACUUCCUGGUGACUCUGAUCAAGCUGGCCUCCAGUGACUCCAGGUCUGCCAACAUGGCCAACAAUGUCAGAGGGCUGGUCAUGAGGCUGCUGGAAGGGAAGCUUGAAGCCGAGGAGUUUACAGAACAGCUCUAUCGCGAGUUGAAGUCGACUCCUCAGCCUUGCUUGGUGCCAUUCCUCGAGAAAAGUCUUCCUGCAGUGCGUCGUCUCACUGCAGACCCAGAGUUAUUCAUUCAACAGGCUUCAACUUCCACCUGCCACCCCAUCACCUCGUCUUCCACCAUGAAACAGCCCAGCACAGGCACAGGACCAACCUUCACUACGAGCCAGCAGGUUAUCCAGCAGCCUCAAGGAGUGACUCUGAGACCUGGGUUGAUGACAUUAGCCCAGUCCAGAAGUUACAUAUCUAAGAGCAGCAGACCAACCCCCAAACACACAGUGGUCCAGACAGGAAAACAUUUCACAGGAACCUUCUCAUUCAAGCAGCCUUUUGCUCAGGAUCCGUCUCGGCCUGCUAAAUUUGCAUUUAAGGACAGUUCAGGAUCUUACAAAGAAGACGAUGACAUUAAUGAUGUGGCCUCCAUGGCUGGAGUCAACCUGAGAGAGGAGAACGCACAGAUCCUGACCACCAUGGUUGGCUCUGUGGUGCAGUCAUGCCAGGAUCAGCCCUUCCUGUCACCUAAUCCACUGCUCAGCCGAAUCCUUCAGACAGGACAGGCCCUGGCAAUAACUGAUGUGGGCCCGGAGGUGGUCGCUCUGGUUUCUCAUGCGACACAGGAGUGUCUCCGUGGCCUCAUAGAGAAGCUCACUGUGAUGGCAGAGCACCGGAAGGCAGCCCUGAAGGAAGAUCUGUGGCAUACCAAAGUGAGUGAUGUACGCUCCCAGCUCCGCUUCCUGGAGGAAGUGGAGAGUUUAAAGAAAAAGAGAAAAGAUGAAGAGGAGAGAGAGAGACUUCUACGUCUGGCCAGAAGUCGCUCACACACUGAGGAUCCACAUCAGCAGCAGCUCAAGCAAAGAGCCAAAGAGUUACAGCAAAUAGAACAAGCUCAGCUGCAGCAAAGAGAGGCCAACCUCACUGCUCUGGCUGCCAUCGGGCCUCGCAAGAAGAGACCCAUGGAACAGACCGAAAGCCAGAUGACUCUGCUGCCCAGACAGAGCGUUCACAGAGUGACUCGGGUCAUGCUAAGGGAUCUGCUGAUGUGUAUGGAGCAGGAGCACUUCCUCCGCCACUCUCUGACUCUCUACAAAGCCAUGCUGUGACCGCCUGACUUCUCCGACUGUUGACGACUGAAUCAGAAGAAUAAUAAUAGUUUCUGUGAUGAGAUCACAAGUUUUGGGAUCUGUUUGGUUUUUUUUGCACUUUCUCUUAAUUUAUUUUUUAAUUAUAUCAGAUAUCUUUAUUUAUUUAUAGGCUUUAUUUAGUUUGUUGUUUGGAGGAUGGUGCUGGAUCAGUGACUGGUCUCUAAAAGCACUCCUAAUUUUGGUUUUGAUUGUUUCUAAAGAAAAGAAGAGAGUGUUGGAUUGAGUGUUGUUCAGUUGUCAGUUGGAUGUUGAGUUUGUUUGGCCAUUAAAAAAAACCUGUCACAUUCUGACGUUGACUCUGUCUCUGUUUUCUGUUUUAGCCAUGAGAGUAGCAUGGCUGUGAGGAGAGUGAUGUCGCUCUGUCAC